CACCCCAAUGAAACCUGAGAGCAGCAGAACACCAGCCUAUUGAAGCGCCAAAAAUGGCCAACUAUGGCAGUUCAAUAGGGGACGUCCCAAGGUUCUGUCUCCGAGAUUUUGAUUUCACUUCCUUUUGCACUCAAAGGAGCAUCAUAGACACCGUGAAUCUUUUCUUUCUCUGUGCCUUUUACAUAUCCUUGCUUUGCAAUUUUAUCAGAAAAAACAAUACAAGUGACAGCCCCAGAAAAGGAUGGGUUUGUUCGGUAGUCUCAGUCUGUUGUGCUCUCAUAAGCAUUGCAUAUUUCGGUAAUGGUCUGUGGUGUCUUAUUGCCAAAUCUGAAGACUUUGGGAAGCUGAGGUGGUUGGUUUAUUUUUUCAGAGGAGUGGUCUGGAUUUCUCUAACAGGAUCUUUACUUGUUCAGAGAUCUAAAUGUGUAAAAAUUCUAAACCUUGUUUGGUGGGUCUCUUCAUGCACACUUGUUUCAGCUCUCAAUAUUGAGAUUCUGCUAAAAGAGCAUGACAUUCAAAUACUUGAUCUGGUCCAAUGGCCUGUGCAUUUUUCACUUGUUUUAUGUGCCUUCCAAAGCCUUUAUUCUGCACCUCAAAGCACUCAAACUACCACUAUGUCAGAGCCUCUUUUAGCUCAAAAGGAUGAAAAUAAAGAAUCAAAACUUGCACGUGCCAAUUUUUUCAGCAAAUUGACUUUCUCAUGGAUCAAUUCCCUACUGAAUUUGGGCUAUUCAAAGCCAUUAGCUCUUGAAGACAUCCCAUCUCUUGUUUCUGAAGAUGAAGCUGCUUUAGCCUACGAAAAGUUUUCUCAUGGGUGGGAUUUUUUCACAAUGGAUAGGAGCAAAAGAGAUAGUAACAAAAACUGGGUUAUGUGGUCCAUAUCAAGAGUUUACUUGAAAGAGAAUUUUCUCAUAGCAAUCCUGGCAUUACUCAGGACAUUUUCUGUAGUAGUUUCUCCUUUGUUGCUUUAUGCUUUUGUGAACUAUUCAAAAUCUAAGGAGGAAAAUCUGAGGGAGGGUCUUGCCAUAGUAGGUUGCCUGAUCAUUUGCAAGGUAAUUGAAUCUCUGUCACAGAGGCACUGGUUUUUUCAAUCACGAAGGUCGGGAAUGAGAAUGAGAUCAGCUCUAAUGGUGGCAGUAUAUAACAAGCAACUGAAAGUUUCAAGCGUAGCCAGAAGAAGACACUCAACUGGGGAAAUCGUAAAUUACAUAGCAAUUGAUGCUUAUAGGAUGGGAGAAUUUCCAUGGUGGUUUCACACGACAUGGACAUUAGCAUUACAACUUUUUCUGUCCAUUGGAGUCCUAUUUGGCGUUGUUGGUCUUGGUGCUCUUCCUGGUUUAGUCCCUCUUCUCAUAUGUGGCUUUCUUAACAUACCCUUUGCAAAGAUCAUUCAAAAGUGUCAAUCCGAAUUUAUGGUUGCACAGGAUGAACGUCUAAGGUCAACUUCAGAGAUCCUAAAUAAUAUGAAAAUCAUAAAGUUGCAAUCUUGGGAGGAAAAGUUCAAGACCUUGGUAGAAAGCCUUCGUGCCAACGAGUUCAAGUGGCUGGCUAAGGCACAGAUCAUAAAAGCUCAUGGUUCAUUCGUAUAUUGGAUGUCUCCAACGAUUGUCUCCUCGGUGAUCUUCCUAGGAUGUGCUCUUUUGCAAAGCUCCCGUUUAAAUGUUGGAUCCAUAUUUACUAUUCUUGCUACUUUGAGGGCCAUGGGUGAACCUGUUAGAACGAUUCCAGAGGCUCUUUCUGUUCUAAUCCAAGUUAAGGUCUCCUUUGAUCGCCUCAACACCUUUUUGCUUGAUGAUGAGCUAAGUGAUGAUGCCAUUGGAAGAAACUUAAUGCAAAAUUCAGUUAAUACCGUGGAAAUUCAAGCAGGUAACUUCAGUUGGGAUCCGGAAUCGAUGUCUCCAACUUUGAGAGAUUUGAAUAUGGAAAUCAAAUGGGGGCAGAAAAUUGCAGUUUGCGGACCAGUUGGAGGUGGAAAAUCAUCAUUGAUAUAUGCAAUUCUCGGCGAGAUACCCAAAAUUUCAGGAACUGUUAACGUGGGUGGAACAGUUGCCUAUGUUUCUCAAACAUCUUGGAUCCAAAGUGGGACAGUUCGUGAUAAUAUACUCUUCGGCCAAGCGAUGGACAAUACCAAAUAUGAGAAUGCCAUAAAAGUCUGUGCCUUGGAUAAGGAUAUUAAUGCUCUUAGCCAUGGCGAUCUUACAGAAAUAGGUCAGCGAGGGAUCAACUUGAGUGGAGGACAAAAACAAAGGAUUCAACUGGCUCGCGCCGUAUAUAAUGAUGCUGAUAUUUAUCUCUUAGAUGACCCUUUCAGUGCAGUAGAUGCACACACUGCUUCUACCCUUUUCAACGAUUGUGUCUUGAACACUCUAAAGGAGAAAACCGUAAUUCUGGUGACUCAUCAAGUGGAGUUUCUCUCAAAAGUUGACAAAAUCCUUGUAAUGGAGGGUGGAGUAGUUACCCAGUCAGGAUGUUAUGAAGAUCUUCUAACAGAAGGGAAAGCCUUUGAACAACUUGUAAAUGCCCACAGAAAAGCAAUAUUAGGCUCAGAUCAAAACCAUGAGACCCCGGGAGAAUAUGAAGAUGUAAUAAACGUUCUUCAGCCACUGGAGUCUCGUGGAUUUGAUCUCUCUAAGGAUCAUAAGAAUGAGCAGGUUUCUAGCAAAGAUCAAGUGUUACAACUUACGCGAGAAGAAGAAAAGGAGAUUGGAGAUGUUGGGUGGAAGCCAUUCUUGGAUUAUCUUUAUCUCUCCAAAGGAUCAUUGCUUAUGUGUCUGAUCAUUUUAGCACAGGUGGCUUUUAUUGGUUUGCAAGCAGCAUCAACCUUUUGGCUUGCUCUGGCCAUUGAAGUACCAAAAGUAACAAAUGGCAUCUUGAUUGGGGUUUACACAUUAAUCUCACUUCUAAGUGUUGGCUUUGUGUGGCUAAGAUCUAUCAUGGGGGCCCACCUUGGAUUAAAAGCUUCUGCUUGUUUCUUCUCUGGUUUCAAUAAUGCUAUCUUCAAGGCUCCUAUGCUGUUCUUUGACUCAACCCCAGUAGGAAGAAUUUUGACCCGAGCUUCGUCAGAUUUGAGUACGUUAGACUUUGAUAUACCUUAUGGACUCACCUUUUCAGCAAGUGGUGCAAUAGAACUUCUGACAAUAAUUGCAAUAAUGGUUUCAGUCACGUGGCAAGUACUUAUUGUUGCAGUUCCCGCCUUAAUAACUUCCAAAUACAUUCAGGGCUAUUACCAAGCCUCUGCUAGGGAACUAAUGAGAAUCAAUGGAACCACCAAAGCACCGGUUAUGAAUUUCACCGCGGAGACAUCAUUAGGAGUGGUGACUGUGAGAGCUUUCAACAUGGCAGAUAGAUUUUACCAAAAUUACCUCAAGCUUGUGGACACAGAUGCAAAACUAUUCUUUCAUUCUAAUGUGGCCACAGAAUGGUUAAUUUUAAGGAUUGAAAUACUUCAGAACUUGACACUCUUCACAGCAGCUUUGCUGCUUGUUCUACUUCCAAAGGGACUUAUGCAUCCAGGCCUUGCAGGACUCUCUCUAUCAUAUGCUUUGUCAUUGACAAUAUGCGUAACUUUUAUGAGUCGUUGGUUCUGCAACUUAUCAAAUUAUAUUGUUUCCGUUGAAAGAAUCAAACAGUUCAUUCACAUACCAGAAGACCCUCCUGCAGUUGUGGAGAACAGAAAACCUCCACCUUCAUGGCCCUCCAAGGGUAGGAUUGAGCUUCAAGACCUUGAGAUAAGGUAUCGUCCAAAUGCUCCAUUAGUCCUUAAGGGAAUCACUUGUGCAUUCAAAGAAGGGAGUAGAGUGGGAAUUGUAGGGAGGACUGGAAGUGGGAAAAGUACACUAGUAAGUGCUUUGUUUCGAUUGGUUGAUCCUGCAAGAGGUGAUAUUCUUAUAGAUGGGAUCAGCAUAUUACCAAUGGGGUUGAAGGAUUUGAGGAUGAAGCUGAGCAUUAUUCCUCAAGAACCCACUCUUUUUAGGGGUAGCAUUAGAACCAACUUGGAUCCUCUUGGCCUCUACUCUGACAAUGAAAUCUGGGAGGCUUUAGAGAAAUGCCAGCUCAAGUCAACAAUCAGCAGGCUACCAAAUCAACUGGACUCUUCUGAAAUAGUUUGAACUCAGGGUCUCUUAGUUCUGGAGGCUUAGAUACUACUUUAUCUCAAACGAU